AUGCAGAUAUUCGUGAAGACACUCACCGGCAAAACCAUCACUCUUGAGGUCGAAUCCUCUGACAUGAUUGACAAUGUCAAGGCCAAGAUCCAGGAUAAGGAGGGAAUCCCUCCGGACGAGCAGCGCCUGAUCUUUGCUGGCAAGCAGCUUGAGGACGGGCGCACCCUUGCUGAUUACAAUAUCCAGAAGGAAUCCACCUUGCACCUGGUGCUCCGCCUCCGUGGUGGCAUGCAGAUUUUCGUCAAGACCCUUACUGGCAUGACUAUCACCCUGGAAGUGGAGUCUUUGGACACCAUUGACAAUGUGAAGGCGAAGAUCCAGGACAAGGAGGGUAUUCCCCCGGACCAGCAGCGCCUAAUCUUUGCCGGUAAGCAGCUCAAGGAUGGUCGUACUCUGGCUGAUUACAAUAUUCAGAAGGAGUCUACUCUGCACCUAGUGCUCCGCCUUCGUUGUGGCCAAUGA